ACAUGCCUUGAAGUUGUAGCAUCAUAAUAGUGUGGGAGCUACGAUCUUCUUUGAUAGAUAAUGUGUUAAUAGUUUGCUCGCAGAUUACGAAUUUUAUUUUUCAUUUGUAAAUGUUUAAAAGUUUACCUAAUAAAUUAAUAUAUUUGAACGUAAACAAAAGAUAAUAAAGAUCAUAAACUUCUGUUAUUAUUUAUAAAACAUCCAUAUGUUUACCAACAUUGAAACAAGAGACUUUUAAACAUUACUGACAAAGUAUCUUAUCAAGAGAUAAAUAAGUAUUGGUUAUAGUAUUGGACUUUGUAAAGGGGAAUUCCCUCAGUAACAGUUUCUUUAAUCCAGUACAUAAUGAACGUACAAGUCAAAUAUCACUGUCUUCUCACAGAAUUUUUAUCUGUUGCUCAGUUAUAUAUCAAUGACACUGUAUUAUUAACACUUAAAGAUUAUUAUGAGCAUCAUAUAAAUUCAAAACGUAAAUUAAGUCAAAUUAAAGAUUUAAAGGCAUUAAUAAAGGUAUUAGAAAAACGAGAUAUUCUUAAUAUCAAUAAUAUUGAACCUCUUCUUUAUAUAUCAAAUAACUUUUUACAUGAAUUACAUAUAUUAAAUUCUAUAAAAGAUUAUCAACUUUUCCUUGAAAACACACAGUGCUCCAAAUUUUGUGACAUGUAUCAAGAUGACAAUGAACCCGAACACAAAGAAUCAUUAAAAGAAGUUGAUAUACAAUCUGAAAGUACUGAAUCUGAAUGGAGAUCAGCAUUGCAAUCAUCAACAUCAACAUCAACACUUUAUUCUCAUCCGGAACAAGAUACACUGCUUCAACAGAAGGGUAAAACAUACAUUUUCUAUGGUAUAUAUUAUUAA